AGAGAGCGUCUGUUGACUGGGGCAGGACUUUGGAAAUAUAGUGGGAGUUGCAGAAUUUUUAGUCCCAAAGGGUGUAACGGGACAAAAGUGAGGUUUUGAGAAACGUGAGAGGGUUUAGUAAGCAGUGGUUCAAGUUUGUUUGAAGAUCUGCUGUUGAAGUUUAUAAUGAUGAGGAUGAGUUUGAUCUGUUGGUAGACUGAUGACAGUUGACAGCACCGCGCAUCGAGGGCCAUCAAGUGCCGUGGAUCUCACAGCAACUGAUGGGAUGGAUGGCGAGACGCGCAACAGAAGGAGAUCUUCAAAACACAAAGCUCCCCCUCCUCCUCCUGUCCUAAAAGGCCUGGAUGCUCCAGUGUUGAGCUCCCACAAGCUCCCAGCGUACCCUCAUCCCAGCAUGGACCAGAAGGAGAAUUCACUGGAGAAGGACCUGACGUUAACCGUGGUCCUUCCAGGAGGGGUGGAAAAAAACACUGUAGUCAAUGGCAGUAAACCCAUGAUGGACCUGCUGGUCACGCUUUGUGCAAAGUACCACCUGAAUCCCUCAGGCCACACCAUUGAGCUCAUCACCACCAACAGAAACCACGUCAAGUUCAAACCCAACGCUUUGAUCGGAUCUCUCGAGGCUGAGAAGAUCUUACUGAAACCAAAAGGCCUGGACGACAGAAGCAAAAAGGCAGGACCACAGAUGCCAGAGGCAACUGUACGAUUAGUGAUAGACUACAAGAGGACACAAAAGACGAUUCUCAGGGUGAGUCCUCGGGUUCCUUUGCGAGAUCUUCUUCCUGCUAUCUGUGAGAAAUGCGAGUUCGACCCGCAGAGCACGGUUUUAUUACGAAACGUCCACUCUGAAGACACGUUGGACCUGAACUGUUCACUUAAUGACUUUGGACUGAGAGAAGUCUACGCAAGAGAUACCAGAGUUUUUAUCCCGGUGAGUCCUGUGAGUCUUCCACCUUCUCCGACUCGCUCGGACACGAUACGUCGUAGAAAAGACAAGGAAAAUAAGGGACUGUUCGGCUUGUUUAGAAAAGGAAGUCGAAAGCAUUCAGAACAGUCUGUGACCGUGAGCGCACCGGCAUCUCCGAUACAAAGGAGACAGCGUCCGAUGAGCUUGAGUUCCUUCAGCACUCAUUCGCAGAUGUACGAUUCGAACACCAUGCCCUCUGAAAUGCCAAAGAAGAGACGAGCCCCGCUGCCACCCAACAUGAUGUCACAGAGUACGCCCGCUGACCUCAGCCAUCAUCAGGAAAAUAAUGAAACUGCACGAACCGCAGAGGAUGGUGACCAGAUGAUGUCCCCUUCGAGUCAGGGACCCUUGACCGAAUCGCGUCUCAGGAGGGCGUCCACCAAACGAAAGGCUCCUCCGCCUCCCACCCUGACCUCCGUAGACCCUCCUGAUGAAGCUGCACAGGACCGAAGCGUGACAGAGCCGGUUUUGGCGUCUCCUCUGGAGGAGAUCAGGGAACAGGAGGAGGUGUUGGUGCCCAGAGAAGGUCACGUGAGUCCUGGAGAGCUGGAGGACGACAGCAGUCUGAAUCUGUCUGCUGAUAUUUCGCUCGAUUCGGCUACUCAAAAUUCUGAGAUGGAAAGCGUAUCUCCACAUGGGACGUCCCGAGACGAUCCGUCACAUGACAUCUCCGCUGAUCCAGGACCACCUGACAUCGCAGUGAAUGGAGUUCAGUCAGAUCAGGUCAUGAGCCAGCACGUCCCAUCACAGAUGGAUCCCCUGGAGGAGAGGAUCGAAAAAGCAACCCAGUCUUCUGAAAGCAGUCCGGUUCCAGAGGUUUCGGUGAGCGCUGCAUCUCCCCUUAACACACCUCAGAUGUCUGACUGCGGAGUCCAAACAUCGCUCUCACACACAGACUCCGAUUCGGUUGCACCGCAAACUGUUCCCAAAUCUUCCCCCGAGCCCGGACACUCGUCUUUCCCUGGAUACCAGACUCAAACCCGAGUCGGUUUAACCAAUGCUGCCAUUCAAACCCAGACAGAUUCCACGACUAUCUCUACUGAAUCACCAUCUGGAUUUUGCACUGAACUCCCCGCAGGUCUGCCCACAUCCUCACCUGAGUUAAAGAGGGACAUGUCCACUUCUACAGAAGAGCUUCAUGUUCCUGAACCCAAAACCACCACGACCCAAUCCAGAAUUGGACCAGCGUCCCCACCAACAGCCACUAAAGCAGACAAUGUGCAGUAUAAAGUGGAUGCCGAGCCCAAACCCAAAUCAUCCAAUGAGCUGACUCGUGAAUACAUCCCCAAAGUGGGCAUGACGACUUACACCAUCGUGCCACAGAAGUCUCUAGAAAAGCUGCGUUAUUUUGAGGUGGAACUGACUUUGGAACGACCCGCAGAUGCCGGCAAGGACAGUCCGGACAGCAAAACCUUCUCACCUCCACCCGGCCACCUUCCACAGUUGACCAACGGCACGUCUGCUUUUAAUGGCCACCAGAGAUUCUCCAGAAAAUCCACAGAGCUCACGCGGAGCGUUUCUCUUGCUUCACCUCGAGAUGAUGUCUUCUCGCCCUCGUCUCCAUCACCGGUCGAAUCCGUCGUCAAAGAGAAAAAAGUUCCGCCCGCGAUAAAACCCAAACCGGCAUCUUUCCGUCUGCCACAGCACAAACGAACACCCGGGGAUUACGUGACGUCGGCGGUCGUCCGCAGAGCGAGCUUUGGGAGCUCCAGUAGCGGCGGCAGUUCGUGUGGCAGCCCUGUAGCAAGGUCGAAGGAAGCUUCCAGCAGGCCACAAUCCGAUAUCUUCCCACCUUCGCCGGAGCAGUGGGAAGGAGAGGAGGAUGCAGAGCUACGUGGAUCUAAACCCGAACACGCUGCGAAAGAAGUAGAGGGUCCCAGAUUUCCACCAGCUUCAUGUCUGACCCGUCAGAAGAGUCUUCCUGCGAAGCCCUCGAUGAGCCUGGAGAAGUUGAGAAGCUUUGCUGCUCCCAAACCGUACUCGCCAUCAACGCCUUCCCGCUUCGCUCAGGCCGUGCUGUCCGCCGUCAAAAGGUCGCAAUCUCUUCACCAGCGACCUCCGGGGCACACAAGCUCCAUUAUUGAGUCUCCUGAGCUGCCCGAAAACACAGUGACAGACAAUGGAGAAGAGAGCGCAGAGAGAUACAGAGAGGCCCCAUCACAAAGAGCAGGCCAUGGUGAGCCAGCGCAGAGCUCAACCCCAAAUACAGACAUGGGAACAUAUACGUUUGGAAAUACUCAACCACCACCGGGCUCUGGGGGAUCUUUAGCAUCAUCUUCUACACUGAAGGGAAUAUUAGAAACAUCCUUGGAUGAAUGAGGAAUUCUGACCAUCCUUAAUUCACAAACCACUUCUUAGUGACAAGAUCUCUAGAUGAACCUUGAUUUUUGUUUCUCACUACAGCACAAAUCCAGAUUUGGUUAAAACAAUGUAAAGGUUUUACACUUUUUCCUAUGCAUUGUCCUAAUUGCAAGAUAUCUACAUGCCUUAAAGAGAAAGUUUGCCCAGGAAUGUAAAUUUUGUCAUUAUUUACUCACCCUUCAUGUUAUUUCAAACUCAUUUGCUGUUUUCUCAUAAAACAAUUUUGAAGAAUCUAUAUUACAAUUAA